AGUAAAGUGUAAACAGCCUCAGCUAUUUCAAGAAAGACCGACAUCUACCUCCUCAAGCCUACUAUCUACCAAUUAUCAUACUGAGUUAUUUUCAUACCACAAACUGAAAGUAACAGAUUACGCGAAGCUCAGUUUCUUCACCCAUACAGCUAGCGAGAACUCAAUGAUUUACUGACUGUCUUCAUGAUGGCCAUCAUCUCUCUGCUCCUGCUGGCCUCUCUGCUGCCACACCUGACCUACAACGCUCGUGUGAAUGUGGGUAUAGUGAACGGCAAAGAAGCGAAACCCCACUCCAGACCUUACAUGGUUUCUGUCCAAGAAAAGGAGCAGCAUAUCUGCGGUGGAUUCCUCAUCUCUGAUAGAUUUGUCAUGACUGCUGCGCACUGCCGAAACAACGCUCAAGUUCUGACGGUCUUGUUAGGCGCACAUGACCUAGGAAAAAAGAAUGAGAAUUCAAUACGAUUCAGAGUGGAUUCGUACCAUCAGCAUCCAAAAUACACCACAGAAACCUAUCACAAUGACAUCUUGCUUUUGAAGUUAGAAAAAAAUGUACAACUGAACAACAACAUCAAGUGGAUACCUAUACCACAGAAAGAAGGGGAUAUCGAAGCUGGUUCUGUUUGCAGUGUCGCUGGCUGGGGAUAUUUAGUAACUAACAAGACAAGCGAUCUCCUCAUGGAGAUAAACGUGAAGGUCUUGAAUAAUGUGGAAUGUGAAAGUAAAUGGGGGAAGAAACAGUUUUCAGCUUCGCAGAUGAUGUGUGUUCAUGGAGAUGGAGGAAGCUGUGACGGGGAUUCAGGAGGUCCGUUGGUUUGUGGAGACACUGCGGUUGGCAUCACUUCCUUUGGUGACCCUGAUCAAUGCAAUUCACAAAAGCUACCUGAAGUUUAUAUUAAUAUUUCCGCUUAUCUUCCAUGGAUAAAGAACAUAAUUGGAAACGUAAACUGAAUCUUGCAGAUAACAUAGGGUGAUUGUUUUGGGACACAUGUUAAUUUUCCUCUAAAUCUGCUUUUAAUAAACACAGUAUACAUUUA